AUGGGCGGCGUCGCAUCGGCCGGGAAGUCGGUGGCCAAGAGCGUGGCGAAGCCUUUCAAACGAAAGGCUGCGCAAAGCGCUGUGCCCGCAGCUGGCGGUGAAAAAGGCCCAACUGGCGCAGAGCCCGCAGAGCCCCGAGCAGUCGCCGCGGGCACAGCCAGAGCCCAGAGCACACAGCGAGGCGAAGGCGAAGUGGGUCACAGCGGCCCCAGCAGCGCCACGGCCGCGUCUCUGCGAGGUCAAGCAGAGUCCAAGAGCUCAAAGACUUCCAAAGCCGAAGAACGCCAGGUGCAAGGUGCAAGCCUGGAUUCCAACAAGAUGGCUGAGCGGAGGGAAUUCUAUGAGAUUUAA